AUGACUGCCGUUAGAGGCAUGGUAGGUUUAAGGAUUAAGGGUCUACCUAGGGAAAGGUACAGUGCAGUAGGCACGCACUUUGCUGGGUUGCUGCUACUUCAGGCCAGGUUUGUUCCUUCAUUUCCAUUAUCCAUUCCCACUCCCAUCUUGUACCUGCCUGUUAUCACUUUCAUCCGUCAGCGUCACGUCAUUGUCUCAACCGUCGCUGCUCAACGCUCGCUACUACCAAUACCUCCAUACUUUACUGCGCAGUUACACGGUAAUGCUUUUAAAUACCCUAACGAACUCUCCGCCCUUCGCCGUACCCCAGCUACCACCACUGCCGCUUCCGCAACCUCCGCCGCGGCUCGCCAUAUCCGGCUCUUAUUUCCAGCGCCUACUGCCAACAGCCGAAUUCCGACAGCAUAA